AUGGAGUCCCUGGAGACCGACAGCGAAAAGAAUCCAGUUUACGAUACCACGAUCGGAGCUCGAGAUGACCAGCAUUCCGGGGAUCCUGAACGAACUAUCAGUGGCUGGAGAUGGAUUGCCGUUGUCCUGGCAAUUUUGAGCACUAAUAUACAAGCUGAGAUUAUCCGGGAUUUUGAUGCAGUUGCUAAACUCACCUGGGUUAGUGUUGGGUUGGUGAUGAGCGCCUCGGCAACAGUGCUUCUCUGGGGUAAGAUCUUUUUCCAAUUCAAUACGAAAUGGACAUACAUUAUCAGUGUCGCCAUAUUUGAAGUUGGUUCUGCGGUUUGCGGCUCCUCUCCGAAUAUGAAUGCCCUGAUCGUCGGGCGAGUGCUCUGCGGUAUUGGGGGGUCAGGAUUGUAUAUUGGUGUGAUAACCCUUCUCGCCGCGACGACCACUCUCCAUGAAAGACCUAUCUAUGUAGCAAGUACUGGUAUGACCUGGGGCUUAGGCAUGGUUUUAGGACCAAUUGUGGGAGGAGGGUUUAGUGAGAGCUCUGUUGGAUGGCGAUGGGCCUUCUACAUCAACCUGCUGAUCGCUGCUGUCUGCGCGCCUGUCUACCUCUUCCUUAUUCCGAAUAUCGACCCUCGCAAGGGCGCAGGCUUCAUGGACCGCAUCCGAGAAAUCGACUUAGUGGGCAGCAUUCUUAACCUCGGUGCCUUUCUCUCCGGAAUCAUGGCUAUUUCUUUCGGUGGCCUCACUUGGGCCUGGAACAGUGGCAAGAUCAUCGGCCUGUUUGUUUGCUCCGGCGUACUGUUCACUCUUUUCGGUAUCCAACAGGCGUACGUUAUCUUUACGACUGCUGAGAGACGCAUUUUACCUAUUGAAUUCUUCAAGUCACGAACAAUGCUCGUUCUCUUUGCAUCGACAUCUGCUGCAGGUACAGCCUGUUUCGUUCCAAUCUACAUGAUCCCACUGUUCUUCCAAUUUACGCGAGGUGAAGAUGCUUUUGGAUCUGCCGUGCGCCUUCUUCCGUUCAUUAUACUCUGUAUCUUCGCUAUCAUUGUCAAUGGUGGCGUCAUGUCUGCCUUUGGUCUGUACAUGCCGUGGUACACUAUUGGAGGUGCACUAGUGCUCAUUGGCGGUGCACUCUUAUACACUGUUAAUGUCGACACCAACGUCGCCCAUAUAUACGGAUACAGCAUUAUCACUGGUCUUGGAACUGGAAUGUAUCUACAAGCAUCCUUCUCCGUGGCCCAGGCAUCAGUCGAACCCCUACAGGUCGCGAGUGCAUCCAGUUUCAUCACCUGUGCCCAGGUGGUAGGCACAACAAUCGCCCUUGCCAUUGCUAACUCGGUCUUCUUAAAUAAGGCUCAGGAGAAUAUCAUUCAUGUUCUGCCUGAUAUUUCGCUGCAGGAAGUUCAAUCGGUCAUCUCUGGAACGUCGUCGCUUGUCUCAUCUUUGCCGGGAGACAAGCAGACAGCAGUUGAGUCUGGUAUCGUCAGUGCUAUGGGUCAUACAUAUAUUCUUGUCAUCACUGCGGGCUCCUUGACUGUGCUUUUGAGUUUAUUGAUGAAGAGGGAACGUCUAUUUAUGCAGGCUGGGGCAGCUGCUUAA